AUGGACGACGAGCACCGGUCGUAUGCGCCGCUUCUACCUGGAAGAGAACUUCAGGAGAUGAACACAUACGUCUUGAACAAGAUUUCCACAACUAUCAACUCCAUCGGGAAGGAUUUUGAGACCAUAAAGAUGUACCAAUGGGUGAGAGAUUCUUUCACCAUGGCGACUGUCGGCUCCUUGUUUGGAGACAAGAACUCCCUGAUGGACGAUCCGAACUUAAGUCAAAAUCUCUGGGACUAUGACGCGGGCAUGGCCAACCUUCUGAUGCAACCAUUACCUUCGAUCACCGCGCCGAAAGCUUACAAUGGCCGCGCAAAAGUUCAAGCAGCGCUCAGAAAGUAUUUCCGCGAAGAUUUCAACCGCAUCCCCGAUGCUAGCGCCGUCAUCAAGCGGCGGGUUGCUGUCGACCGCAAAUGGGGCUUGCCAAUUGACGACGUCGCCGACCAUGAGUUCGGGAUGCUGUUUGUCAGUGUCACUAAUGCGAUCCCAACACUUUUCUGGAUGAUGUGUUGUGUCUUUCACGACCCGGAUUUAGUCACCUCGCUCCAGAGGGAGCUCGAAGCUAUCGUCAUCACUGAGAACCAGGACAACGCCACUGGAUCUGAGCACCUUCAAGCCAGCAAGUGCACAUUCCCGGUUGCAAAGCUCAAUUCGGAGUGCCCGCUCCUGGUUUCUACGUACAAAGAGGUCAUGCGCCUGACGAACCGCUCCACCGGUACGCGAAGGGUUGUCGAGGAUACAGUGAUCACCUCGGAGGCACAAACCUAUCUCCUCAAGAAAGGAGCUAACAUUCAGAUCCCGGCUAUAAUUACCAACUUCCUCCCCGAAGCAUGGGGUGAAAACGCACACGAGUUUGACCCAAGGCGUUUUAUCACCGCAGAUAGGGAAACAGAGCGGGCCCAGAAUCGCGCCUUCAACCCCUUCGGUGGUGGUAAACACCUCUGUCCCGGUCGCUUCUUCGCCGAUUCCGAUGCCGAGGUCUUAGGUGCACGAGCCGCCUUAGUACUAGGAUUUGAGAUUGAGACACCUAAGGGUGGCCGCGUGGAUGUGCCGUGUAUCAACAACAAUCUUGCCGAGGCGGUCGGGAAGCCACUCAUGAGUGUGCAGGAGACGGAUUUUGAGAUCUAUGUCGGCAUAAUGUGGUCGUCAACGAGUCUGACUGCUGUCACGCAGCUACUUGCGUUGUCAACAGGCGCCGCAGCUCUCGCGCAGUCUCCUGAAGUUUACCCGUCGCCAUCCGGGAAAGGGACAGGAAUCUGGAAAGAUGCGUACGCCAACGCGCGCAAAUUCGUGGAUCAGUUGACCGUGGAAGAGAAAAUCAACAUCACACGUGGCUAUGCCAGCGACAAUGUUUGUGCUGGCAACACUGGAUCAAUCCCGCGUCUGGGGUGGCCUGGGAUGUGUUUACACGACGCGGGCAAUGGUGUGAGAGCGACUGAUCUGGUCAAUUCGUAUCCUUCUGCGCUGCAUAUUGGGGCAGCUUGGGACAAAAACCUGACAUACCAUCGUGGGUACUGGAUGGGCAAAGAAUUCAAGGCUAAAGGAGUGAACGUUUUGCUCGGGCCGAACGCGGGACCUCUUGGCAGGAUACCACUGGGAGGUCGAAACUGGGAGGGCUUUUCGGUCGACCCGUACUUGUCAGGACAGCUGAACGCCGAGACCAUCGUCGGUCAUCAAGAUGCCGGGGUAAUUGCCAAUCUCAAGCACUUCAUCGGGAACGAGCAAGAGACCUACAGAAGACCAUACUUCGGCGUGGAAGCUGCCUCAUCCAACAUCGACGACAAAACCCUACAUGAAUUUUACCUUUGGCCUUUUGUCGAUGGUGUCAAGGCUGGCGCCGCUUCUAUCAUGUGCUCAUACAACAGAAUUAAUAACACCUACGGCUGCGAGAACAGCAAGCUUAUGAACGGCAUCCUGAAGGGCGAGCUGGAGUACGAAGGAUUCGUCCUGCUCGACUGGAACGCGCAACAUAAUCUCCAGAGCGCCAACUCUGGUCUCGACAUGGUCAUGCCGCUCGGAGGAAACUGGGGCCAGAACUUGACCGACGCUGUCGCAAAUGGGACCGUGAGCGAGUCUCGGGUGACGGAUAUGGCCACGAGAAUCCUUGCGGCCUGGUACCUCGUCGGUCAGGAUACUGACUUCCCGACCCCGGGAAUCGGUAUGAAGAAUCUUACCGAGCCUCACGAACAAGUAGACGCCCGCGACCCGGACUCGAGGCCGAACAUUCUCGAGGGAGCUAUCGCUGGUCAUGUUCUGGUGAAAAACGAGAAUAACGCUCUUCCCUUCUCGGAGAAGCUCAACAUGAUCUCGGUAUUUGGAUACGAUGCGACCGUGCCUGACACCAAGAACACAGACAAGCUUUUCGAGCUUGGGUAUUACUCAUCUCCUGAGAUGGCUCAGGCUGUGCUGGGUACUGAGAGACAUUUCGAUCAGGCUGCCAAGGGGGGAACCAUCGUGAGCGGAGGACGUGCUGCUGCCAACGGCCCAUCCUACAUCCUAGACCCUUUGAGUUCUAUCCAGCACCGAGCAGCCAGAGACGGCAGCUGGGUCAACUGGGACCUCACAUCUCCCAACCCCGGUGUCAAUGCCGCCAGCGAUGUUUGCCUUGUCUUCAUCAACGCCAUGGCGACAGAGGGCUGGGACCGCGAUGGCCUUCACGACGACUUCAGCGACGGCCUCGUUCUGAACGUGGCUUCCAAGUGUGUGAACACUAUUGUCGUCAUCCACGCUGCCGGAAUCCGUCUGGUCGACCAGUGGAUCGAUCAUCCCAAUAUCACCGCCACGGUCAUUGCUCACCUCCCCGGCCAAGACAGCGGAGAGGCCCUAGUGCAACUGCUCUACGGCGAAGCCUCCUUCUCCGGAAAACUGCCCUACACCUUGGCCAAGAACGAGAGCGACUACUCAGCCUACAAGCCCUGCGGACGUGGAGAGACCAACACGACAAGCCCGCAAUGCGACUUCACCGAAGGCGUAUACAUCGACUAUCGCGACUUCGACGCCAAGAACAUCACGCCGAGAUAUGAGUUUGGCUUCGGUCUAAGCUACACCACUUUCGAGUACUCGUCAAUCUCUGUGAAGACUCAAAAGGCUGAAGCGGGUGCUGCAGCAAACCCCGAUGCACUCUGGUCCACUGUGGCGACCGUCCACGCGUCGCUUAACAACACGGGGUCCCGCGCGGGUCAGGAGGUUGUCCAGCUCUACGUCGCUAUUCCGAACAGCCCGCCAAAGCAGCUUCGUGGUUUCGAGAAGAUGCCUCUAGAGAGUGGACAAGGUGCGGAUGUGCAAUUUGAGUUGACAAGACGUGAUCUGAGCGUCUGGGAUGUCGUCAUUCAGAAGUGGACGCUGCAGGAGGGCGAGUAUUCUGUUUUCGUUGGAGCGAGUAGCCGAGACUUGCCGCUUUCCGAAGUCUUUACCAUUUAG